AUGGAAGACACAACAACACCAAAUAAUGUACUUACUGAAACAUUCAGACCUUGCAAACAUAAUCCUGCGAUAAAACAGCUCAAGUGCAAGAAGUCUCCUGGCGAAGACGGUAUUCAUCCAGAAUUUCUAAUUAAUUUGAGACCAAAAGCCAAGGAAACCAUGCUGACGCUUUUCAACAAAAUCUGGGAGACCAGUCUCGUACCUAACCAAUGGAAGGUUGCCAUAGUAAUACCAGUACUAAAAAAGGGCAAAGACCCUAGCAACUUUGACAACUAUAGGCCUAUCUCCAUCACAAGCGUGCAGGCUUAA